UCUGCCUGCACUGAGCUCCUCAGUUUCAAACAAGAUCCUGCUCCCUUUUGUCAUGGAGUUGACCAAAAUGUCAGACAUGACGAAGCUCCAUCAAGCUGUGGCCGUCGGGGACUUCCGUGCAGUGAAGAAGAUUUUGAAGAAAGGUCUCUGCGACCCAAACUACAAGGAUGUGGACUGGAAUGACCGAUCCCCACUUCACUGGGCUGCAAUCAAAGGGCAUUUGGAGGUGCUGAAGCUCCUCAUACGAUACGGAGCCAGACCCUGCCUGGUAACUGACGUGGGCUGGACCCCAGCUCAUUUUGCAGCUGAGUCGGGCCACCUGAAGGUGCUCCAAACUCUCCAUGCAUUGCACGCCGCCAUCGACGCCCCUGACUUCUUCGGAGACACCCCGAAGAGGAUCGCGCAGAUCUACGGGCAGAAAGCCUGCGUGGCGUUCCUGGAGAAGGCCGAGCCCGCGUGCCGGGACCACCGCCGCACUGCCAGGCAGCAGGGGCUGCCGCUGGACCAGUGGGACCAAGACUGGGAGGCCAAGAAAAGGGAGAUGGAGCGAUCUCUUCCUUCCUCGAAUCAAAACACAAACAAGAAAAAGCCUAGGGGGAGUCGAGGCCCCACCACGAGAAGGAGAGUGUGA